AUGUCCAAGACAGCCGCCCAAGAAGAAUUCGACACCAUCGUCAACAAGGCCUCUGCCUCGGAAAAGUCUCCCUACCACCCUUCUGACGCCAACGAUUACGCCAACGAUAGAGACACUUCUGAUAUAGAAGAGCAGGACGAGUAUACCCAAAAGAGAAUCAACGACACAAUGCGCCUCCCCUUCUCCUCCUCGGCCCCCCUAAAUCUCCCCCAUAGGGACUUCGACUCAGGCCGUACCACGGGCGUCAAGGGCGUCAUUGCCGAUGCGCGGUCCUACGAAGAGGCUCGCCGCAAUGGGGGCAGGAAGGGCAGCAGACUGUCACCCAACAGAAGCAUGACACGAACUGCCGAAAAGCGAGCAUCUACCAUCAGCUUUCUAAAUGACGAUGGAGAGGGCAGUGAUAGCGAGGAUGAGGAGUUCCUAGAGCGGUGGAGAGAGCAGAGGAAGCGGGAAAUGGAGCGUGAGGGAAACGAUAUCAGGAAUCGGAGAACGUCGCCCAGUGUACGACGGUACGGACGCUUCGAUGAGGUUGAUGCUCUGGGCUACCUAGAUGCCAUUGAGAAGGUCACAAGGGAUACCGUUGUUGUUGUCUUUGUCUACGAUGCUGAAUGCGACGUCUCUGAAAUCGUCUCCGCAGCCCUCACGCCACUCGUCUCCCGACACCCCUCAGUCCAUUUCGUCCGUGUCCCGUACCAAGACAUCGAGUUCGACGCUGCCGGGACCCCCGCUAUCCUCGCAUACAAGAAUCAAGGGGACCUCUUUGCGAACCUGACGUAUGUCGUGGAUCAGAUUCCUGAUGACACGGUCUUUGAUACCAAGGCUAUGGAAACCAUCUUACGGAAGAACAGCAUCUUUUAA